GGCUACUUUUCGGAUUUCGGACAAGAAAACCAAAACAAUGAAUGCGCCGCCGACAUUCGAGUCAUUUUUGCUCUUUGAAGGAGAAAAAAAAAUUCAAAUCGAAAAGGACACCAAAGUACCAAAUGCUGCCAUUUUUACAAUCAAUAAAGAAGAUCACACUCUUGGAAACAUGAUAUGCACUCAGCUGAGAAAAGACCCCCAGGUGUUGUUUACUGGGUACAAGAAUCCCCACCCCCUGGAGCACAAGAUUGUUCUGCGAAUCCAGACCACAGCCGACUACAGUCCACAGGAGGCCCUGACAAAUGCAAUCACCGAUCUCAUCUCUGAAAUAUCCCUCAUGGAAGAAAGAUUCAGGGAAGCAGUAAGAGAAAAACAGGAAGGGGAUAUCUGAGGCUGAUGUGUGUUCAUGGACAACUGACUUUAGAGCAAGUGGGAUUUUACCACUUUAUGACUUGUGAGCAAGUGGGAUUUUACCACUUUGUGGUGUUCCAACAGCCAUAAAGAGUGUCAUUUAGAUUAAACACAAACUGUAUAAAUGCAUACGUUGUUUCAAGUGUAAGAUAUGUAGCUUCACUGGCUGGCUCAGUAAGUCUGUGUCCUCAGUUCCUGUAUCACAAUCAUAAUAUCACCUCAUUUAAGUCUGAACAGUUAACUGAACAUUGUUGUAAGGUCUUUUUUGGCUUACUCAAUUUGGAUGUAAAACAUGUCUCUGAUGUAUAUAUCAUGUGAAUAAAGAGGAAAAAUUACAA